UAGACGAUCUUCGGCCACAAACACAGCAACACUGAACAUGGCAGACACCGCGGUUAAACGUGCACCCGACGCUGUUGAAACUACAGUAUCUCAGAAAGCCAAAAGGACGAAAGCUGACGGUGACAAUGGUGGAGGAGAAGUCGGGAAAGAAUCUGAAUCUGAAGAUAUUCUGUGUGGGUUUAAAACAUCCAGCGUCUUGAGCGAUUCUGCCCGGGAGAAGAACAUUUUCAUCCGCGGAAAGCUUGCUGAUCAGGAGGCGGUGGUCAUUCUGGAGAAGACUCCCAUCAGAGAGGACACCCUGGCUGAGCUUUUCAGUGGAUCCAGGCUGAAGCUAGAGAUGAAGAAUGACAUCUACAGCACAUAUCGGUUACAGGCUCCCUCUCAUCUCAAUGAGAUCAAGACUACAGUGGUGUGUCCAGCCACAGAGAAGCAUGUGAAGAAAUACCAGCGUCAGGAGAGUUUCCUGGUGGAGGAGACGGACGGGGACUAUCGGUCGAUCACCCUGCCCUACAUUCAGGAGCAGAGUUUCAGCGUGCAGUGGGUACACAACAUCCUGGAAAAGAAGGCAGAGGCUGACAGGAUAGUGUAUGAAGAUCCGGACCCAGAGGUCGGCUUUGUCCUCCUCCCAGAUUUCAAAUGGGACCAGAAACAGGUUGAUGAUUUAUACCUGAUUGCCAUAACACAUCAGCGAGGCAUCAGGAGUCUCAGAGAUCUGACAUCAGAGCAUCUACCACUGCUGCAGAACAUCUUCCAGAAAGGAAAGGAGGCCAUCCUGCAGCGCUACAGCCUUCCAGCCAGUAAGCUGAGAGUCUACCUGCACUACCAGCCCUCAUACUUCCACCUCCACGUCCACUUCACCAAGCUGGGCUACGAGGCGCCGGGCUGCGGCGUGGAGCGGGCCCACCUCCUCGCGGAUGUCAUCCAGAACCUCCAGUCUGACCCCCAGUACUACAAAACCCGGACCCUGUACUUCCCCCUGAGGGCAGACGACGGACUGCUCAGAAAGUUCAAGGAGGCAGGGAGGCUGUAACGUGCCUCAUGCACUUAUUCCCCCAUCAGUGGAUUCCCAUCCAAGCUGUGUCAGACCAAAUCCAUGUUUUUUAAUAGUUAUUUUCAUGUGAUUCCUGCUUUUAUAAUGAGGAAAUGAGAGUGGAUAGAAGUGGAUGUGACAGGAAUCAAACCAGUAGAUAACCAGCCAUCAGUCUGUUUUAAUGGUUUUCAUGUAUUUUAUGUUUGCUGAAUGUUCCUGACUGAAUUAAACACUUUUUUUUUUACUCAGCCUGUUCAUGUUUUGACCUGAUAUGCCAGUUUUUGUUUUUUUUUAUCAGAUCUAUACAUGAGUUAAGGCAAGAGAUGUUUAUUUGUAUAGCAGCUUUAAAACACAGAGGCAAUAUCGAGGCUCAUAUUCACAACUUUCAGCCACAGUAAGUGGUGACGUUAACCCAGCCGCGACACUAGAUGGCAGCGUUAAUCCUAAAAGGAUCCAACUUUUGUCUACUCUGAAACUUUCUUAAUGCAAA